CCGAGCCAGUCCGAGCUAAAAAAAACAGGAACCACAUUAAUUUCGAGUGUCUUUGCAAUGUUCCCGACGAUAUUUCUACAUCGUCUGCUUUGAUCCCGUCGAAGUUGUCGUCUCUCCAGACGUCGGCCACAGAAACCGAACAAGAAAUUAAUGCAUCUUGCUCCGCGUUCCUGUUUGUUUUGACCUGUGUAGCUAGAAGGAAUCCUGCAAGAGGGAUUAGCGGUCCGUCAAUGAGGAACUACCGGCUCAUCUUCUGCCACAACCUGAAGCAGCCAUAGAUGGUUCAGUGGUUCACUGGCUAGGGGAGGAGAGGAUAGGACACACUUUCACUGCUACACGACGUGAGGUCUUGGCGGGGUUGUGGUGAGGAGGAGGAGGAGGAGGCCAUGAGGAAGAGCGUGUCUCCGUUGCCAGGCAACGAGGGCGGGAGCUCACCCAGCACCACGCGGGUUUUUGGCGUUCCUUUGGAGGAGGUGACACGCACACACACAAUCAGCGGCCACGAGGUUCCUGCACUGGUGAAACACAUUGUCGACUACAUUGAGGAGCAUGGUCAUCUGGACUUGGAGGGUCUCUUCCUGGUUAAUGGCAACGCAGAGCGAGUAGAGUGGCUCCGUCAGCGCUAUGACAGUGGUGAGGAGGUGGAGCUGGGGAAAGAGGCCGACCUGGCGUCAGCGGUCAGUUUGCUCCGACUCUUCCUGCAGGAGCUUCCUGAACCCGUUAUCCCAACGGCUAUACAAGGACACAUACUACAGCUCCACCAAGAUUACAGCAAUGAAGAAGAGCUGUGUAGAAACUUGAAGUAUCUGCUGCAGCAGCUUCCCCAGUUGAACUAUGGUCUGCUGCGUUUCCUGUGCCGCUUCCUAUCCAGUGUGGCAUCACUUCAGCAGGAGAGCUGGAACAUUGGGGCGCUGGCCGCCGUCUUCGGACCAGACAUCUUCCAUCUGUCAACAGAAGGAGAAGACCUUCGCGACCAGGAGUCUGUCAGCAGAGUCCUGGCAGAGCUGCUAGACAAUCAGGAGGGCCUGUUUGACUCGGAGGACGAUGACGUCUCCACGACCAACGAUUACAGCUCCAUCAAUGAACAGAUCACAGAGCUGUUGGAUGAUGACAAGUGUGAGGCAGAGUGUGAAGAGCUGCCACAGGACGGAGAGGAAGGCCCCGCCGCCUCCGACUCACCACAACACACCAACGACAGCCCCUCAUCCAGCUCCCACCUCUCCUCAAUAUCCAUCCUGCCCGCUGACUCUGCUGAGAUAAUUCAGCGAACCAUCAGAGCUGCAGUGGAGCAGCACUUCUUUGAGCUGAAAACCUCCAUCGACCAAGACCUCAGUAACUACGACAGCCAGGGGGAAAGUCCCAGUGAGCCUGCAGAACAGGGUUGCCAUGGAGACGAGGAGCAAACAACUGACCCUAAGGACAGUCCCUGCGACACGGAAGAGGAGACCCCACUCAAUCAGACCGAGCAGCACAUACAACAAAGUCAGAAAGACACACAGAAUUCCCUGGACUCUGUCACCCCCCUGGAGGAGAGCUCAGGAAUGGACCUGGAUGCAGAGGCUAUCAGAGAUGACGAGAACAACUUUAACACUGCCAGGCAGGACAAUCAGCCCCUUGUCACGAUGGAGCAGACUGUCACCAUAACCUGUGACUCGAGUUCAUGCUGUUGUGAUCAGAACGCCAACACCAGCGAGAACAACAGGAACCACCUGUCGCCAUGCCAACCAAACUCUGGCCACAACCCUCACCUCCAACUUUUUCCCGACAACCAAUGGGAAGCGUCACCCCCCUCCCAUCUCCACCUCCCUCCCAUCGACUUCUCAUGUAUGCAUCUGCAAAAGGAAGGCCAAGACCCCGUCCCAGCUUACAAAUCCUGGCAGGACGACAACGAAAGUGGAGAAGCGCAGCUCUCCCCCCUGGCUGGGCGCAUGGUUCCUCUCCCCCCGCUACCCUUAGAGGAGGAUGGCGAGGAGGAAGAGGGGGAGGGAGGGCAGGAUGACUCCCCUUCCUCUUCCCGCUCUCACCCUCACCUUCUGGCACGACGCUUUCUCGAUUUUGGAGCGCAUGGCGCCCAACGAUUCCUCCAGCAGGACCUGGACGCCACCUCACCCACCAAAGCACAGAGGCCGAGGCGAGCAUCGUUUGGCUCCAAAGAAGCAAUGAGAGGAGAUUCAGUGACCCACCAACUCACCAAGAAGCUUCAGCAUCUGAAAAAGAAAAUCAAACAGUUUGAAGAGCAGUUUGAGAAAGAGAGGAACUAUAAGCCCUCGCACGGAGACAAGGCAGCUAACCCCAAAGUCCUCAAGUGGAUGACUGACCUGACCAAGAUCCGCAGGCAGAUUAAAGGACGCCAGCACCACCUUUUACCCAGAAGCACGCUGAGGCACCAGGCUUUGCUCCAUUCACACAGACGCCACCAUGCUCCCUCCUCCCCUUCCUCCUACUCCUCCUCCUCUAUCUGCUCACCUCCCCAUCACACACUCACCCCCCCGCUCCACCCCUACUCAGGCCUGAGCUCUAGACCGUUUCACCUCAAUGCCAAACAUCGUGCUGAAAGUGAGCUCGGCCCUCAGACUCGCCCUCGGAGCAACACCUUGCCCAAAAGUUUCGGCUCCACGCUGGAUCACAGCACGUACGAUGCAGCCGUGGAGGUCAAGGGUCCACGUCCCACCAGGGAGGAGACACUGGAGAUGAUCCAGCGCAGAGUCAAAGGGAAGAGGCAGGAGGACGGCUGGCCGGAUGACAUCAAGAAGAUGACCAAGGAGCAGUUGUCCUGUGAGAAAACCGUACUUCAAAAGAAUCUCCUGCACUAUGAAGGCCUGCAUGGGCGACCAGUAACCAGAGAGGAGCGUCUGGUGGUGAAGCCUCUCUACGACCGCUACAGACUGGUCAAACAAAUGCUCACCAGAGUCAGCAUCACACCCAUCACAGUGUCCCCCUCGAGUAAAAGGCGGAGUCAAACCCUACAGCCAAUCAUCGAGGGUGAGACUGCUCAUUUCUGGGAGGAGAUCAAAGAGGAGGAGGAGGACGAGCGGAAAGGUGGAGGAGGAGAAGAGGAGGAAGAAAGGGAGGAUGAGCGGGACGAUGAGGACGAAGAGGAGGAGGAGGGAGAAAGCAGCGGCGGAGAGAUGCAGAGCCCCGAGGUCAUCAUGGCCAUCGACCCCAUGACCCUGACCGACGGGCCAAUGAGGAGCCAGAACCAACCUGACAGACAGAGCGACUGUCCGAUGAGGGAGAAGGUGGAGGAGGGUUCAGGAAGGCUGGCACUGGACCUGCGGCUGUCCAGCUCCAACGCCUCGUCCAUGCCAGAGCUGCUGGAGCAGCUGUGGAAGACCAGAGCAGAGAAGAAGAAACUGAGGAAGACCAUCCGAGAGUUUGAGGAAGAUUUCUAUCAGCAUAAUGGAAGGAACGUUCAGAAAGAGGACCGGGUGCCGAUGCUGGAGGAGUACAGAGAGUACAAGAGGAUCAAGGCCAAACUCCGUCUCCUGGAAGUCCUCAUCAGCAAACAGGAUUCCUCCAAAUCCAUCUAGACCCUCAUCAGACACCUGCUACCACCACACACAUCAUCAGCGCCCAUCACUGCAGCGAGGCCACGCCCAGGACCAGCCAUCACACUCGGGAGGGUUUAAUAAACACUCCAGCCAACACCAACAUGCAGAUUACAUGACUUCCCACCUGUGUGACCUCCUCAUGGUAUGCUGCAGUCAAGUGAUGGGGAAACAAAGUGGAAGCGAUUUGGGCGCGUUCAUUAAAAUUGCCGCGUAGAUGCCACAGUGUAGCCUCUUUGUUCACACUGGUUGUAGUCAGACCUUCACCAGUCGAGGAAAGUCUCCAGUAACGUUUUUAGGGGCUUCUAGACAUUACCUGCAAUUUAAAUACAAGAACCAAUGUAAAGUUUGAGCUCUUUGGUUGCUAUUUUCACACCCAUUCAGACCCUACUCCUGAAGAAGUGCUUUGUAGUGGAGUAAAAGCUAUUAAACUACCUGUGACUGGUCAAACAGUCGCAUUGAGUCUGUUUGCAGACAACAUUCAGUUUGUAACCAAACACUGGUUGCUGCUGCUGCUGCCGUUGCUGCUGUCUGUAUUAGGACUGGAAAGAAGGCUGAGCAAUUAGUUAACAUUAACUAAAACAGCACCAACAUAGUGACCAUAUUGUGUCAUUUAGUGCAAAAGUUACAUCCCAAAGGCUUUUGUUUUUCUUUCUUAAAUCAAUCUAAUGUCUGCAAGUAAAACAGGCUUUUUAUUACACACCAAACUAAAGUAAGUUGACAUUUUUAAGCGUUUCGGUCUCAAAUUGUUUCUGUUUGAAUGAAUCUCAUUUAGCUGUAUGUGACUACAGCUAAUCAUAGAACAGCUACCUAAUAAGAGUCCUUGCCAAAUAUCACAAUCCCCAAGUUUAUAAGUACUUUAAAAGUGAUAUUAAACAUGCGAUUUUACAGAUUUUUUUCCCCAUGACCUGAUUGCAGCAGCACCACUGGUUAAAUUUAAACUGGCUCAUGGCUGAUACCUGCUGCCUCAGUCUGACUACAUAUCAUCUAAAGCACGGCAGCAGUUUAAAAACAUGGAGGAAAAGGACUCAUCACUGUGUUUGUCCUCAUCGUCGUCUCACCAACUUGACUUAAGACUUUGCACUCGUGUCUCAUGUCUGUUUUCCCCGUGUUCUGACGGGGAAACAGAAACACAUUCUGACUUUUUAAUUUCAGGAACUUUUCUUUUGUCAAUCUUUGUUCUUUGAAUCUUAUCGGACAGCUCGAGGACUGGCAUUUUAGACACUCUUCACUUAAGACACUUCUUCAUUUGGGACGCCACACACUGUGUCAAGGUUCCCACUUUUGUGUCAACUUAUCUCCCUUAUUUUAAUGAUAAUAAUUCACCAUCCUCACAUCCUGGAUGUUUCACCUUCUGACUGAUUUUAAAAUUCAUUUACAAAGUUUAAAAACAAGUUUGUGAGUGUAUUCUUGUUUUGUUUUUUUGUUUUGUUUUGUUUUUUACAAAAAAAAGGUGUAUGCUUAUGUGUUUGUGAGAUGUUUUCCUGAAUGAGAAACUGUUGUAUUCCAAGAGAAAAUGGAAAAACAACAAUGAUUAGUAGUAGUAACUCUGAUUAAGCCCGAUCCCAAUUUCCUUCAGUAAUUUCUAUUCUUUAGUAUUUUCUUCAACUUUUUGUUUUUCCCUGGAAGAUGUUCAUCAGUUGGCACACAGUGGUGUCACCUGUUUUUCUCCGUGACAAAAAACAAUUUGAGUUCAGUUCCCUGUGAGCGUCUGGCAAGUAAAAUGCUGCUUUUAGGUCGUCGUACGCUCAGACAUGUGAGUUUUUAGGUCAUAUGGAUUUGAUUUUAAUAGCACUUGAACGUGGCAUUAGACAGAAGAUGCUCAUAGAAAACAGUCCAACUCAGAUAAGAGUUUUUGUUGUUGAUGGACACAACUGACACAGAAAUCCAAAUUCUCCACUUGCUGACUUUUCUCCUUGUUUUCUGUUCGUUUUGCUGCGUGAAGGCGUGGCAGGUUCUGAGGAAUAGUGGGUGAUAAAUUGUGAAGGGACGAGCCAGUAUCUGGUCCACGUUGCUUCUUCAUCCCAGAAUCCAUAAAAGCAUGUUGGCUGGUCGGUCGGCUGUUGUUGGUUAAGCUUUGAUGAUGUCUACGAGGUGCCAACACUGCCAGCACUGAUUUAAAUUGCAGCGAAACAACUCUGUCGGUGUCGAAGGUGUCGUUUGUACGUUCUACAGUGAAGCAAAGGCAUUGGUUGGUCAAAUGUGCAGUUCUGGUAAAGUUUGAUUUCCUGCUGGCAGGUCAAAUGAGGGUAGGCGAGGAGGAGAAUGCCAACGAGCUCAACCUCUUCAUUUUUCUUCUUCUUUGAGGCCAUCUUAUCUUGCUUGUAGCAGACAGAAUUCGAGGUAUCAGUGAGAUAAAGAAAUGUCCAACAGUCCCUGAAUUUUGGCUUCAGCUGCUAAGUUUGUAAACCGGCUGUUUGUCAUGUGAUGUUUUUUAAUUAUUCUUGGCAGGUAAAGAGGCUGGUUACUUGCAUUGUGUUUGUUUUAGGCAGAUAGACACAGUUGAUGUACAUUUCUCUGCCUGAAUCAAAGCUGACUGCAGUCUUUAGUCUGUAAGUGGACAGCAGAUGUCACGGUUUGAAACUGAACCUAUGAAUGAGACUUAAAGUUUUUGAGAUUGCGUGUUUGUGAGGAAUGGGGUGGGGGUGUGGUGUGCAUUUGUUGGGACAGUGAGUUAAAGGUUUGAUGUAAAGAAAAAAAAAAUGUUAUUUGCACAGCAUUCACAGAAUGCAGCCCUUUUGAGUUUUUUUCAUUUGUAUUUCUAGAAAUGAAGCACUACUUCUAUACAAAUAUAAAUAUAUACUGUACAUAAGAAACACCCGAAGGAAUGAAUGUCAGAAAUGUUUAAAUUAUUUCAAACAUUACGUUUGGCCCCCUUUGGUUCAUUACAUUUGUGAUACCCUGAGAAUGUGUUUUUUUUAAUUAUAAAUAUUGCUAAUACUAUCAUAACCAUUAUUUUGUGUGAUAACGACAACAAUAAUAAUCCUUUUGUAUCUACUCACUAACUGUAAAACCAGCUGUAGACGUUAGUCUGGCACUGUGUGUGGAAGAUCACACAUGAACCUGCUCUGUUUUAUGAAUUAUUUUAUCGCUCUGUGUAAUAUAAGCUAAUAUAGAAGCAGUACUGUAGUGUGCUUGCAUGGCAAACGAGAACAUAAUAGUAUAAAAAAAAUCAUGAUGUAUUGUUUCCAUUAUUUGUGCCAUGAAGAAGCAGCAAUAAUAAAAGUUUGCGUGGAGUUUUUCUAAAGUAUCAGGUCAUGGGUGAUGAUGGGUUGGAUCAUUUAAGGUACAAUGUGUUUUGUUUUGUUUUCCACAUGUUGUCUCUCACACACACACACACACACACACACUCUGCUUAGACGGUGUGUUUUUACCACCGCAUCACAUUGGCACUGCUGAAAACCAAAAUAUCAAUACAUUUGGGAAGGUGAACAGGGAUUGAAAAGCCAAUGACAGAUGUAUCAUAUCAGAAAACAUUCCAGUUUUUAAAUCAUCCUUCACAAAGUGGAAACAAUCCAUCGUCAAUCUCUGAAGGGCUUUUACUUUAGUUUUUACUUUUUUUUGGAGUCUGACAAGGUGAAGAGUUGAUUUGUUUGGCGCCUCAGUUUCAAGAUUUCAAGUGAACAAACUGUGUGGUUUUUUUUUUUUUUGUUGUUGUUGUUUUUCAUUGUGCCUGCAGCCGAGUGGUAAAAUUCACAAGUGGUUCACACGUUCUAAACUGUAAAUGUGUUCCGUCUUUGUCAGUGUACAGUAUCCUUCAUCUCACACUUACCCAUCCGACGUGCAUGGUUGUUUCACAGACCGGGAAUUCACAGCAGAAGUCUUCAUCAAAGAUGUCUCUUAGGUCAGCGCUCCUCCUGGAAAUGAUUUAGAGAUGAUCAGUUUUUUUGGUCAAAACAGUAACAGACAAAAUAGCAGAUAUAUUUUUUACAAUCUGUAGGGAAAUUUAAAUAAUAAAGUCUCUAAAUCUGUUGAAUUUAAAAGAAGUAAUCGUCUUGCUGCUUUAGGAAAGUUCACAUUUGCGAACGUACAGUUAGAAAUUAGCCAGUUUUUCUUUUAAUCACAAACUGUGCAGUGAACAGUCUGACAGCAAAAAAAAAAUAAACUGACAUCUUUGAAACUGACUUGUGCUACAAAUUCCUUCAACCAGAGAGGACUUCAGGCGGGGCGGGUUGUAAACCGCUCCCUCCUGCUUCCUCGGUUCGAUCGACAUGUGACGCUGUGUUUUAUCGCAUCAAUAUGAUGUAUGUAUCUAUAAAUGUUUUCUUACUUUGUGAAUGCUUUUUCUGUUGUUUCUUCAUUAACUAAAAAGGAAGAGAAAAUACAAUCAGUAACAAACAUUUACACGUGAAAAUAAAAUUUAAAAGCUUGCCACACAACCUCUUCUGCUUUCUGAGUCAAAUAAACAGAAGUAAACUAUAAA